CUCAGAACAGAGCAAUUACGUCUGCGACCGCAACUAUCCCCAUGGUCGGAGAUCACAAGUCACGAAGUGCCACCGAGCAUUUCUUCCGCGCGAGAUCGAGGCUUGACCGCCGGUUGCUCUUCCAGCAAACUCUGCUUUCGGGUUGAUGUUCACUGUGAAUGCCCAACUGCUGUCAUAGGCAUAUCUAUUUCAGACCUGUCUUAUUCUUUGAGAUUCAAGAAAGGCAGACUAGAGGUGUGCGUACAUGAUUUCUCAUUUUCCUCGUAUAUCAAUCACCUUCAGCCACUACUCUUUCUCAAUCUCCAUGCGCAAUAUCACUGGCAAUUCAACUGAAUGUUGGUUGGCACCAAGUCUCAGCAUGUCUGUCUUUUAUGCUUCACUUUUGCUUGACUUAGGCCGCCAGACUGCGAUCAUUCGGUUGAUGCUCUGAUGAGCCGAUCUGCUUACCCCGUUCGUUCAAGUGAAUUAAAUAUGAAGCUUUCCGACACUUGUUCUUCGCUUCUGCUUGACUUGUUUUUCUCACUUCUCGCAUGUCUCUUCCUUUAUUUCAUGCUUGUCAUCCGUCCUACUCUCUCAAACUGGCACUCGUAAGUACACUUUGGACACGACCGCAGAGAUUGUCUGCGUGAAGCGAGUUUAGAGGUGGAAUCGAAACACUCGACAUGGCGGUCACGGACAGCGACCUCAGAACCUUUGCCUCUUCCCUCAAGAAGGAACGUCAGCCCGAUUUCGAUAUCAUUGUCAAGGAUUAUCGAUGGGCAGUCCAUGGUCAUGUCAUCAGCGGUCACGGGGACUUCGGGGAACUCUGCAGUGAUGCGCCUGAGGAACAGAAUGGUAAGCGACGCAAAGUACAUCUUGAGGAUGACGAACCGGUCACUAUUGCCCACUUGAUCCUCUGGUGGUACACCGAGGAAUACGACGAUGAGAAUAUGUCCGACAUCGCUGGGUUCGACAUACACAGUCUUCUCAAGCAUGGCAAGGUCUCUCCAUCCAAUCACUCCGACCGAGAGGUGUCCGAACCCGAAGCGGGACCUGACAGUGCUGAGGAGGAUGUUGAUUGCAUGGAUCUUUCUCCUAUAUCACUGCACGCGAAGAUGUACCUCAUCGCUCACAAGUACGGGAUCACGGAACUGCGCGAGAAGGCCGUAUGCGAGAUCACCGAAAUCCUCACCUCGGUGAAGGAAGCAUUGCUGCCGUGUUUGGCCCAUUUCUUUGUCACCAAUUCUCCAGUCGCCAGUUCUAUGGAUGGCAACAAGGGUAGCGUCCCUACUGACCAAGACAUUGGCGCCACCAACACCAAUCCUCCACCAGCAAGAUUCGCCAUCUCUGAACAACGAGACCCGGAAUUGUGGAAGACCCUGGCCGAAACCACAAGCCGGCACUUCCUCUCGCACCACACCGACCCAACCUUCCAGCAGAUCAUAACCUGCAACCCGCGCUUCCAUUGGGCCGUGAUGGGCAGAGUCGCCAGCAUGCUGGAGGCGGCACAGGACAAGCUGGCGAACACCCCCGCCGAACCGCCGAAGGUGCCGAAGAAGAGAGGGAGGAAGAAGCAGGAGACCGCGCCGGGCGCUGAGGGUGCGGAAGACAAAAAGAAGGGGAAGGAAGCCGGGGCGCCUACUCCGAAGAAGGUCAAGAAGGAGCCAUGAGCGGUCAACAGAACAGUGAGAGGAGAGGAGCGGUGCUUGGCGUGAAUCUUCCGUGUCGACUCUGGGGGGUCUUUCGUUCAGGACCACCGUCUGUUCGUUCCCUUCGUUCGCAGGGAGACAUUGAGGUAAAAAGAAAGAAUCCAUGCUGAAGAAGUCGGAGGUUCACUUUGGCGUCGUCGCGGUAUUUUGUGACCAGGGCAGGUCUUCGUCUCUAGCCAGUUAUGGAGCUUGGGUUGUUUGGGCACGUCGCCACAAGCGAGCGAAAAGCAAGACACGCACGAGAUAUGGAGCUUCGGUGGAGUUUGAUAUCCCGUGAACAGCAGAGCUCAUUUAACCCACGCUCCAAGGUCCAAGAUCUUUUUCUAGUCGGUUGCUGCAGGAACGGCGUGGUCGAGAGAUGCCAAUAACAUCCUUUGCUUGUCGGCGAGAUCUUUUGCAUCCUGCAGCUGCUGCUCGCCGGUCGCCGGCUGCGCGGUAAUUUGGAGGCCG